AUGCUUGCAUUGCAAAAUCUAGAAGGUCAAACGGUCACCAAAAUUGCAACGCAUAUCGCUGACGCAGCUUGCGUGCCUCCCCAUAAUGAGGUCAAGGAAACGGUGAUCGUUUCAGAAGAAGCUAGCGAACUAGAACCGAAAGCUAAUAAGGAUAAUGGUGGCAAUGGAGUCGGAAGAUCGUGUCUGAACCAUAAUCUUAGUGUUAGCGUUAACCCUAAUCUUAAUCUUAAUCUUAGCCUUAAUCUCAGUUUCAACCUGAAUCUUAAUCUUAAUCUGAAUCUUAAUUUUGUUCUUAACCUCAAUAUCAACCUUAAGCUUAAUAAACUCUUCGUUGCUGUUUCCUUUGCCUUACUGGCCUGCGUCGUGGCUGAUGUCUCUCAUCUAGCACACAGUGGUUAUGAUUAUCCCGUUCCCGCACCGGCAUAUGAGGAAGUAAAAUCUGAACCGAUAGCACCACAAAAUACUUACAUUCCUCCAGCGCCGCCAGCGCCACCAGCUCCAGUGCUCGACAUACGUUCGGAACCAAGUGCUCCACCACCACCAGCGGCACCUAUAAAUACUUACAUACCACCAGCACCACCUGCGCCACCAGCUCCUGUGCACCACGCCAUACAUUCAGAACCAAUCCCGCCAGCUCCGCCAGCGCCAGCACCAGAGCCAGCGCCAGCGCCAGCACCGGCUCCAGCCCCAGCUCCUGCUCCCGAGCCAUCUGCUACUCUUGAAGAAGAUGGAUAUCACUACAAGAAUCCUCGUCGUGUGGUUUUCAGGUAUCGUUUCUAA